CACCCACUCAAUUCCUCCACCUUCCACCCCCCUGCAGGCCACUUUACGUGGAGUGCAACAUCCCUCUCCAAUCUACAAGCAGUACCAUGAACCUGCUGUCUGAGACUGCAACCAUUUCGGACAGUUCUAUGUGUGAACACAAACCUGAUGCAGAGUCUGAGAUGGAUUCAGAUCCAGAAAGUUUCCCCAUACUGGUCCGGUCAAUGUCCACCUCCCGCAGACACAGCUGGGACGUCCCGCUGUCUCCGGUGGACCUGGGAAGGAGGUUUAGCCUGGACACCACCGGUAUGGACAGUGAUGUGGAGAGGGAAGAGGAGCGGAGUUCUCCACCUCCUUCACUCUCUCAAUCUCACAGCUCAGUAGAGGAGUAUUUAGAAACAGACGCCUCCAGAACAUCACAGCCACCCACGCUGGGCAGGACUGUGUACGCCAGGUCUGACAUCCUGGCAUCAGACGAAAAGAUCCAUGCAGAGAAAGUCUCUCGCAUUCUGGAAACUUCCAAACAGGCUGCCAGGGCUGCAGGAGAGGAGAAUGACUCCGAAGAGGGCUUACGCACAGCAGAUGGACAAUGUCACGUAGUAAAAUGCAGAACCUCGAGCGGCGACAGGAAAGAGUCAUCCUCGAGUGUCACCUGGUAUGAAUUUCUCUCCAAUGAGAAUGAAGAAGAUGAGGACAAAGCGGAGAGGUCAGAGCGAGGAACUAAAGUCAAACGCACACUGAGCUCUCUAAGGAAUCGCAUGACGGGGUCCUUCAACAAAGACAAGGGUAAGAACCGUGAAAAAGAACAGCAGAAAGAGAAAGGCGAGAAAAGAGAGAGGGAAAAGGAGAAAGAGAAGGAGAAAACACGCCGCUUGAGUCUGAUCAGCCGCACAGCUAACGGGCACCAGCUAAUUCCCGGCUCCUUCUCCAGCCUGGCCACAUGCUCACUGUGCAGCAAGAGCCUGCAGAGAAAGCAUGGCUUGCAGUGUCUCAACUGUGCCGUGAACGUCCACAAAAGCUGCAAGAAUCUCCUGCCAGAGUGUAGCAACAGCAAAAACAAGACAAGAGAUUUUGCACAGAAGACCUCAGGGACCACUCAGUCGCACAGUCUAGCAUCCAGAGAACCCUGCUUCAACCCUCCACAGACCCAAUCACAGGCUCCGUCUGCCGAUGGCUCCAGCCGCUCUGCCCGCUGUGCUUCAGGCAUGACCGUCCCGUCUCGCGGACCCAGCACCCAGCCAGCCGCCUCCAGCAGCACCCAGCCGCUCAGCCACACCAGCAGCUCCAGCUCUAUUGCAGGGGAGAUGGAUGAAGUGGAUGCAUUUAGGAUAAAGCGCUUUGCAGAGGAUGCAAUCUCCCUCGCUCCAUCCACUGCUGAAUCCAUCAUUGCAGAAGAUGUCCACUAUUCCAAUGUUCGACAGGAGCUGGAGGGAAUGGCUCAGGACUUUGAGGUGGAGUCGUGGAGUCUGGCUGUGGAGCAACAGUUCUUAAAGAAACAUUCCAAAGACAUGAUCAAGAGGCAGGAUGUUAUAUAUGAGCUGAUCCAGACAGAGAUGCAUCAUGUGCGCACGCUGAAGAUAAUGCUGCGUGUGUAUGUGCACGAGCUGCGUGAGACACUGCAGCUGGAUGAACGCAGACUGGAUUGUCUCUUCCCACGGCUGGAUAGCCUGCUGAAUUUACAUGGCCACUUCCUGUCUCGCCUCAAAGAGCGUCGACAAGAGGCACUAGAGCUGGGUAGCGAGCGCAACUAUGCCAUUGACAGAGUGGCUGAUAUUCUUACUGACCAGUUUUCAGGUGAAUACGGGGAACGGAUGAAGGAAUGUUACGGUGCGUUCUGUAGCCGUCAUACAGAAGCUGUCAGCUUCUACAAAGAGCAGUUGCAGAGCAACAAGAAGUUCCAGAGCCUAAUAAAGAAAAUCAGUCAUUUAUCAAUCGUGCGGAGACUUGGUAUUUCAGAGUGUAUCCUCCUCGUAACACAACGCAUCACCAAGUACCCUGUCCUUGUGGAGCGGCUGCUUCAGUACACAGAAGCUGGCACUGAAGAGCACAAGGAGUUGGCUCGAGCGCUGGAUCUGAUCAAAGACUCCAUCGUGCAGGUGGACGCUCAGGUCAGCCUGUAUGAGAAGGAGACACGCCUUAAAGAGAUCGCCUCAAAGAUGGAGGCCAGGUCCCUCGGCAAGAUCAAAGAUGGGCGAAUAUUUCGAAAGGAGGAUCUCACGCAGGGGAAGCGUAACCUGCUGUACGAGGGUAUGGUCAACUGGAAGGCUGCCUCUGGUAGGCUGAAAGAUAUUCUAGCUGUGCUGCUCACAGACGUGCUGCUUUUGUUACAAGAGAAGGACCAGAGAUACGUGUUUUCUGCUGUGGACAGCAAGCCGUCAGUCAUUUCUCUGCAGAAGUUGAUCGUGAGGGAAGUGGCUCAUGAGGAAAAAGCCAUGUUCCUCAUCUGCGCCUCUUCCAACGAGCCAGAGAUGUACGAGAUCCACACGUCCUCCAAAGAGGAUCGCAACACCUGGAUCACACAAAUCCGCCAGGCUGUGGAAAGCUGCCCACACACAGAGGAGAGGCUGUUCAGUGAGGAAGAAGGAACAGGAAGAUUACAGCGGUUCAAAGAAAUCCAAGACCGUUUGACUGUAAAAGAUGCUCAGAUCACGCAGACUCUGACCGAGAAGCUGCAGUUGUUUGCCGAGCUGACCGAGUCUGUUCCUGGUGUGGAGGAUGUGAGCUCCCGGUCUCGCCUUCUAGUCCGUGGAGAUGCGUCUGACCUCCAGCAGGGGGAGGUGCUGCUUAAAGGAGCCAUUACUGAGGUUGAGAAUCUGCAGAACCUGCUGUUGAGAGGAGCUUCUCCACACUCUGGGGAGAACCAGAGCCCAAGCUCAGUGUUUGGCAUGCUGCCCAAACGAGCGGACACAUUUGGGGGCUAUGAUAGCAAUCUCGCUAUACUUCAGAAGAAUGGCAGUGUGAAGAAGCACUCAAGUGGAUCAGGAAAGUCCAGAGACAGGAGUCAAAGGGCCAGUUCUGACCCCCAGCUUAAAGAAAUUUGUGCAAGUCAGGAACUGGAAGAGACGGUUGAUACUUUCUCUCCCAGCUGGAACACGAUCCGGUCAAACGCCGUAUUUCCAGAGGCAGAGUUCUAUGAGCGAGUGUUGCUGCUUUCUCAGCGUCUCUACAGUCUGCAGGCCAUCAUCUCACAGCAGGACAGUCAAAUUGAGCUGCAGCGGGCAUCCCUGUACACAGCAGAGCGGGACCGGCCAGGCCGGCCGCGGGGGACCAAUGUCCUACUGGAGCAGGAGAAGCAGAGGAACCUGGAGAAGCAGCGUGAGGAGCUGGCCAACUUCCAGCGUCUGCAGACCCAGCACCGGCAGGAGCAGGCACGGUGGGAGCGCGAACGCAAAAAGCAGCAACAGCAAGCCGAGGUGGCUGAACAGAGGCUGCACGACCGAGAAGAGGAGUGCAGGAGGCUGGAGGCUCGGCUGGCGGAGGAGAGACAGGAGCUGGAGAGGCAGAGACAGACCUACCAGCAGGACUUAGAGAGGCUGAGAGAGUCCACUCGAGCUGUGGAGAAGGAGAAGGAACGGCUAGAACAGCAGAAGAAGCUGAAAAAACACAAAACUGUGCCUAGCACAGCUUCGCUGUACAGUCAGGAGACAGGACAGCUUCCAGUCUCCUCCAGUUUUAACGGUGAGCUUCUUCUGGGCAACGCUGCUGGAGAAUCGAGUGGUCCAACCCGGUCGUUGAUCCGAUCCAGCAUGUCGUUAGCCUCUGCUGAUUACCUGGAGAGGCCUGAGGUUCCGCCCCGCAGAGAGAGCAGCACGGCGCAGCCCCUGAAAACGGAGGUACCCAUCCACCUCAUCAGCACCACCAACCAGCUGCACAAACAAGGAGGGGUUCAGCAGCAAAUCCCCACCAAACUCGCCCUCAUGAAGAGUAAGGACAAGAGCAGCAAGGUUAAAAGCUCACAUCGCACAGACAGCUCGGCUUCAAUAGAUAUGAAGCAAAUGCUUCCUAUGAAACUCUCAGCUAGAGAGGGUGAGAAUACGCUGAAAGCACGUCGCUCCAUCAGCCCCAACCAGCAGCCUCAGCCUUCACUUCAACUUCAGAGCACAGAUCCCCCCAGCUUUGCAGACAGCUGCCCCAGUGAGCCGUCGUCAAUCCAGACGGCCAGCCUGCAGCGGCCACAGACCCAGAACCUGACCCCACCGUACACUGUCACCGACGACACUGCCAAGGAGGAUGUCAUCUUUUUCUGAGCACCACUGUGCAUUGCUGGGAAAACGCUGCCUGGAGAGGACGUACAGGGAAGUGUGGGUUGGAGAAAAAAGGCACAAGAAUGUGUCCACCUAUAAGUUCUCUGGACAAAAAAAAGAAGAACAUGUCUUUUAUGAAGUCUUUUUGUUUUAAGAUUUUUUUUAUUAUUAAUUACUAAUGCCAACGACUCACUUUUUAAUGGAAGUAAGUGGUGAAUAGAAGAAAAAAAAUGUUUUAGCUGAAAACUCAAAGCUCAGUUAUUUUAUUUUUUGUCUGAGACAAUCCAAAGACCACUAGAAGAAAAAGAGCACAGAGCGACAAACCACUGUGGAAGUCAAGGUUAAUGAAGGAGCUGAUAGAAAUGAAAUGAAGUUAACUUAGAUGGUCACAUUAGCACUCCACUGGACUUUCAUACAUGACCAUGCACCUUCACAACCUGGACAACUGCUGGGCCACUGGGCCUGAAAAUGUUCACUGAAGGAUUUUAUGAAGGUUUCUCUCUGAUUGUAUUGCUUUUAUAAAAGCACAAGUAUGUUUAUUGCCCUCAAGUUUGGUAUGGAUGGUCACUGAAGUGCUUUCUGUGCAGCUCAGCGGCUCUUCAGCGUUUUUGCUCCUCAUGCUCAGACUUCAUUUCACCAACAUUUAGCUGGAUUUUUUUUAAGCCAGAAUGUAGCUGGUCCUUUAAAUGUCUUUUUUCUUUUUCUUUAAACAAUGAUUCCAGACCACUAUAAAAUCCUCACCAGUACCAUCCAUAUAGUCACCUUCACCUUAGCGUCAUGCUUUAGUGUUAGAAACAACUUCACUCCAAUCAUUCCACAACAAUAAUUGUUUUUUAGCUUUAGCCAACCAACAAUUAUCUCAAAUGUAAAGUCAAUAAUUAGAACCAGCUAAGCACAGCCGCUGAAACUCUGUCUUUAUGGUCUGUCACAUUCAAAUAAUAACCAUUUAUAUUCUUUAUUUUAUCUAUAAAAAAUAUAUGAAUCACCUUUAUGGCACAUUAAGAGUGAAUUGUAGUAUCCAAAAAAAAUAAUAUUUACCAGGUGUACAUUUCAGUUUCAGGAACACAGUGCAGUGUUUCCUUGUAUUUAAGUGCCAAAUAGAAAAUUCCAAGCUAAUCAAACUUGUGCUUUUGUUUAGGUGGGUUGCUUCCUCAGAGUCAUUAUACGCAUGCUCACACACAUGAGGAAAGGGGUCAGCACUUCACUUAGAUACUAAAUGCUUUAUACAUUGUGUGAGUACACCAUUUGUUCUCAAUUGUUAAUAGUAGUAAGUCAGUGGGGCAAAAAUUACUGCAAACCUUGUAAUUUUGGAAUUAGUAAAAUUUAAUUUUUUUCAAGGAUGUCCGGUCAGCAGCCCACACACACAUUUUUGUGGUGAUGGAUGGUAAAUGAGCUUAAAUAGACUGAAUUGGGUAAAUGCUCAAUAUGUACUAUAGAGGAAUGUCUGCAGUGAAGUUACCAGUACAUUUCAAAUUCAAUUUCAGUUGGAUCUUGUGAUGGAUCUUCAAUAUUUGCAUUUGCUCUUCCCAGUUUCUCAGUAUGCAUAUGUCACUGUCAUGUCAAAACCUUGUCAAUAAUAUGUAUGUGCUGCUCUGGUUAUAUAUUUCCCGCCACUGUAAACUCUUUUUCUCACUGCAGGGCUGAAAGGUUCUUUUCCACACAGACUUGAAUCGGGCUGAAUCCAGUUUUCUCAUUCAGGUUAGCUAUCUGUGCUUAGGCCACAGAAGCGUUCAGUGGAAGGGCUUAAUGAUUGCUGAGAAUAACACGCUAGCUUUUUUGUGUGUUGUGUUAAAGCAGUGGUAGCUUUGUGGCUUGUACAAGGCUUGUAGCAAGCAUGCUAAUGCAACAAUGUUGAAUAAGGCGGGUCGCUGACUGGCUGAAUGCUCACAUAUAUCUACAUUUCUCCAUUAGUUAGUAUCCUCUGUUUGAUACAGUGACAUGCUAACAUGCUAACUGUGAAAUCGAGGUGGUAAUGUGAAAUAUUAUAAUUACAAUAUAAGGUCUUUCUGCUGCUGACUUAGCAACACAAUAAAUGAAAAAAGAACCCAUAAGAGGCCUAACGGGUUCAUACUACUAUAUACAUACUAGAGCAGAGCAGUAUGGAGUGGCCUUAUUCAACAUAUAGCCCUGCAGAAAAGAGAUCUGAGUUUCUCUACAAUAAUGCAUUUCACACCAAACCACUGUGCAUCCUAAUCAUUUAAAUAUGCAGCGAUACAUUUCUUGUAAAGGUAUAGAUAUGAGGUUUUUGCUGUGACAGUGAUGCACUUUUUAGACUGAUAUUUAAGCUAAUUAAAUUCAUAAAUUUUGGUCUGCUCUCAUUAAAUGACUCAACCAUAAUCAAACUGCAGUUAUUUUAAGCACACAUUAUGUAAGUUGGACUACUGGUGAGUGUGUAGAGACACUUUGUAUGUAUGAUGGUACAAGCUGAUUAUGUAAAUAUUGUACAUAUGAUUUUAUUCAAACUUAGAGCUAAGAUUUCUUUUAUUUCAUAUGGCCACUGGAACAAGAAAUGAUCGUGGCCCUUAAUUUAGGUAAGAUCUUUUUUUUUUUUUUCUUAAGACCCUUCCUCAGUCAAAAAAAAGUACAUUUUAUAAUCAGUCUGUUUUUAUUUUCCAGCACUGAAUUGAGAAUUAUGUGGUUAGCAUGCUUAAUUUUUUUUUUUUUUUUGAAAGUUAAAAAUAUGAUUAGGUUUUCGUUGUAAGUAGGCAACCAAAGAGACACUGUGACACUGUAGCAGAGCUAGCCUAGCACUCCAUUUCCUUAUACAUGACCUUUUAUAAAUACAACUGUAUAUGGACGCUUACUGUAAAGACCCUGUGUCAGUUUUGUGGGAGCUUUAGUGUGAAUUGCUACACUUAUUCCAGUCUGGCUCUUCAGAGGGACCUUGCACUUUACCUUACCUCAUUAUAAACCACUUCAUACACUCCGUUCAGUUUAAAAACUACUGUAUGUUUAACAGGGGGUGUUCGCAGGGCAAGAUUAUCUCACUUAGCCAGAUAACUUAAACUCAAACUUACGUAAAUUCAUACUUUACAAAAGGAAAAAAAGAAAAGAAAAACAAAAGAAAAUUGUCACUUUAGGUUAAAUGUUAGGCUGCAUAUUAUUUGGUGAACCUCACAUUCGCCAGAUUUACCCCUUAUUCUUUUUACAUUUUUGUUGUUUGCUUCUUUUGUAGUACACUGGAGUACACGGGCUAAUGUAGCUAACACAUUAAAGCUAACACCUUGCUAUUUAAUUCAUCACUAAAUUACUCCCUCGAGACAUUUCUAGUAGACUUGCUUAUGUGGUUGCUGACAAUCAUGAUGUUCACAGACGUCUUCAGUGAAGACUUUAAAAAAAAAUACCUUCGUCUUGUCUUAGCUUUUAAAUAUUAUUCAAACAGAAUAAUUUGAACAUGUUCAAACGUAGCAUCAGAUACGUUGGACAAAACUGCAGAGCUACAGACAGUAAAGGCAGCAUAAAAAAUAAAGAGGUGGUUAGUCUGGAGCUUGCUUAGCAUAUAUGCUAGUUAUCUAGUUUAGUAGUCAGGAUUGGGAAGAGUCCUUUAUAAUGUAUUCUGUUACAGAUUACUGAGAACCUGUUAAAAUAUUUAUUGUAGAGCAAUUUAAAGCUUCUUUACAAAAAAAAAAGUUAUUUUUAGAACUGAAGUAGCUGAUGCGAAGUGUAUUUAGUAACUUUCACACCCAGUGAAACAAACUGUAAACGAGUUUAUUACGGUUUUUGACGAGAUGAAUGAGCUAGAAUUAUCCCUGAUUUUUUAAUGUUUGGGGGAAGUUCAGUUUUUUCCCCAAAAUGUUUGAUUAACUGUUGUCCCAAAACUCUGCUAUGGAUUUAUAGAUUAUUAUUGACAACAUUGUUUCAAGGUAAUGCUUGCUAGUAAUCUCUCAAUUUUUCAAACUUAUCUUUAAUGUAAUUACUUUUUUUUUGUACUAUAUCAAACAAUUUUUUUUUCUGUAACUUGAUUAUGUAACACUUACAUACAUUUCAUUACAUGUUUAGUCCCGUUAAGAUUCGGAUCAGAAUUUACAGCUGCAGGAGAGUGACAUUGGCGUGAAUUCCACAGCAACUGGAAUUGUGUACUGCUUUAGGUUUGACAGAACUAAUUUAAUCUGCUCUAAUUUUUUUAAAAUAAAUAAUUAUAGAUAUCUUUGUCUCAUACAAUGUCAGGACACCUCAUAAGCAAGCCUAUUAGAGAUUACUAAAUGUGGUUUAUGGAGCGUUUGUGAUUAUUUAGGCACUUAUAUUUAGCACCAUGUAGGAUUCUGACAGUUUGCUAGGUACAUUAGCCUUGUAGCUUGUAGUGUGUUAAACAAACAAAAGAAGCACAUUCCUGACCAAACAUGGACUGGCUGAUUCACUGUGUUUGAGGUGAGAGAUAGAAGUUGCAAACAUUUUACUAUUUUUCAAACUAGAACUUUUUUGUUUGUGAGAAAUCCUUCUUUGCCCAUUUCCCCCAGAUCAGCACCUACUGAAAUAAUGUCUUAACAUCUGCCUCAACUUCUCCAUGUGACCACAUGAAUUUGUGCUAAUGUCUUAAACGAUCGUUUUUUUUUUUUUUUUUUGCUGACUUGUGCUGUGAGUAAACGGUUGAGAAUCGUAUUUGGAGGUAGAGAGGCUAAUUACUUAUUCGGGUGUUUUUAUUUUCUCCUGUGUUCAGUGGAAGCACCUUUUUCUCCUGUGAUGUAAAUAACAAAUAUGAUUUUUUUUUGUGCAUUGCCAAUUACACUAGUCACUUUUAGUAGCAAACUUGAAGGGGACCUGAAUGUUAUUAAUAUGUUUUCUGUGUUUUGUGUGCUUGUAUUUACAGCUGUUUUAAUGAACUUUGUAGCACGCAGGACCACCGUGAUUUUUCUACCAUUAUAUUUUACUCACAAAUAAAUUUAGAUAUGGUAAUACCUGUGAACACACAAACCAGCCUUAGAGACCUCUAAAUUUUAGUAAUAAAAUAUCUAAAUGCUACAUGAA